UUUCUCCAUUCCUUUUGGACCAUCAGGAAAAGAAGUGUUACUAUUGAUGCAAGCCUUAAACACUCUUUCAACUCCAGAGGAGAAGCUGGCAGCUCUCUGUAAGACAUAUGCUGAUCUUCUGGAGGAGAGCAGGAAUGUUCAGAAGCAAAUGAAGGUUCUGCAGAAGAAACAAGCCCAGAUCAUCAAAGAGAAAGUUCACUUGCAGAGUGAACACAGCAAGGCCAUCUUGGCAAGAAGCAAACUAGAGUCUCUUUGCAGGGAACUUCAGCGUCACAAUAAGACACUAAAGUUUCUCAGCUCAAGCGCCACUGGGCCACACAGCUUCCAGGAGUUGUCAGAAGCCCUGAAGUUCAGAUGGGGUUACAAGCCACUUUCCACAGAAGGUGGGGUGGUGUCUCAGCAUCUUUCCUGCACAGGGCCAGCCAGGUUUCCUGGCCAGCAAACCUCCUCAUUUAAGGAUGCAAGUCACACCGACCUCCAGGCUAGUGAGUUCCUGGAUCAUAGUGCACCUCCAACUUGAUUCUGCAGAUGAGUGAAACCACUGGUUGGGAAUAUGACAUGGACACUGCAGGUAUGAACUCAGUCUGUCAAGAUCCCUGUGCUGGUUGUUGGGGGUUCCUUCCUAUUAUCUAUCACAGUCAGAUUUCUAGUGGCUGCACUCUGCAGUCUCCAUGGUGUGAUGUCAUAGUGGCAGCUCCCACAGAAUGACCCACAGUGCAGGCAGCGGGGAGAAGGAUGGGGCUGGUUGCCCAUCCUGGGUUCUUUCUCCUCACUGGAGGAACCAUAUGCUCACAAAGACCUCAAUUUGUGGUGCUUCACUGGCCUAGUAGAGGGACAAUGAGGUCAUCAGGUAGCCAUUCCUCUGACCCUUCUAGCACAGUCUGUCACGGUCUCUGGCUGCAGAGUGGUGCUUAAGCCUCGCCUGCAUAUUCUAGGAUUCUCUCAGUGGUGUCUUGUCCAUGUCUUGUUCUUCUUGCGAAGGGGAACAAAACAGAAUGACCUAUGUUGCAGUCUU